AUGCUUCAUUCGGGGAAACCUAUGUCCUCACUAGGCCCCUCACCCUCGGCCUUGCGCUGCUGUCGGCAGGGAAAACUGAGCCAUAGCGAGUCAGUCAUCCUGGCCUCACCCCGCGACACGUACUCGUGCGCCGCCGCCCUCUUCAAGUGCCCGGGUUGCCUGCCAGACUACCGCCGUGCUGUCGGUCGCUCUAGGUUCCUUCUUCGCCGUACUGCUGUCCGCGCUAUCAGCGCCUCGCCCUCCAAGGCCUUCUUCGCACAGCCGCGAUCCAUCAACACUCUCACGCCUUCAGCAUUCCGCUCAAAGCAGCAGCAAUGGUCUGUCGCUUCCUUCCAACGGAGGUUUGCCAGCGACGACGUGUCGACCGAGACCACUCAGGCUGCUGCGGCUGAUGCCCCCGACAACUUUGCCCAGACUGCGGCAGAGGCACCCGUUGAAGAAAACCUGACAUCAGCACAAGAGGAAGCACAGGCAGAGCCCACCAACAGGGCUGCGGCUGUUGGGGGAGAUGCAUUGGAGGCUGCCGCCCAGUCCGCUGCCCAGCCCACUGACGGUCGCCAGAGGGUGCAAAAAGGCAGAGCCAGAAACACUGAGCCAAACUCCACGCUUUACGUUGGCAACCUUUACUACGAGGUCACUGAAGAACAGCUGAGGCGUGUCUUUUCUCGCUUUGGAGAAAUCGCCAAUGUCAAGAUGGUCUAUGACAACCGCGGUCUGAGCAGAGGAUUCGCAUAUGUCGAAUUCGGCAGCGUUGAUGAUGCAAAGGCUGCUAUUGAUUCUCUCGACAUGCAAGUCUUUGAAGGCCGCAACCUUGUUGUCCAAUUCCACCAGCCCAGGUAUCCUACGUUGAGCCGUGGCGUCAACAGCAAGCUGGAUCCCAGCCCUCCAUCCAAGACUCUGUUCAUUGGCAACAUGUCGUUCGAAAUGUCAGACAAAGAUCUCAACGACCUCUUCCGCGACAUUCGCAACGUCAUGGACGUACGGGUUGCUAUUGACAGGAGAACUGGCCAACCGCGAGGCUUUGCCCACGCAGACUUCAUCGAUGUAGCCAGCGCCACCCGUGCUAGGGAGAUUUUGAAGCAGAAGAUCAUCUAUGGAAGGCAGCUGCGCGUGGACUUCAGCAACUCCGGUACAACACAGCAGCGUGAGAAGCGUGAGGACUCGGCCCAAGAGUAGAGAAGAUGCAGAUUGCCCAAGACGGACUGUAGGAGAAGAAGAAAAAUUUUUGUCAGAAUACUGCCUCACAUUUCGACGAGGAAUGAUGGACGAACACUAGGGAAGGGGGAGUGGGCCUCUUUGUACGAUUUGUAUGACCGGAGCCCGCGUUGCGGUUGGCUGUGCCUUUGUGUUAAUAGGCAGGCCGCUUGUAUCAUAGUGAAGAGCGUCCGGCGUUGUCAUUCCCCUCUUCUUUUGUACACGUAUAUGGUAUGGGGUGGAGGAAUCAAUAUGUCUCUCACAUCUACAAUG